AUUUACAGACAUAACAAUCAUGCACUGAGUUGUGGAAUUCAAAAUAGAAGUCUGAAAUUUACAUAAAGAUCAUGUAACUUAGCAGCAGCAAGGAGCACAGGCAAGCUUUUGCUCUGAAAAGUUUCCAGGUACACUUAACUUUUCCUCUUCCAUUAAUAUCAGCAAGGCCUCAGAGACUGGGAUGACAUGGGCCAUGGCUAAUGAGGAGCUCUGUGCACUGAGCCCCCAGGUUCUUCCAAGUAUAAAUAAUGAGCCAGCACCUUUAGACCUUGACUUUGCCAGGGGAAUUCUAGUAUCUCCAUGCUGAUUCCUACCACGGAGAGCAUCAGCAUCAGGAGGGCACGGCCUGACUGUCCCCUUUCCAGUCCCAAGUAAAGGAUGCAAGUCUCCAUGCACUCCCUGCAGAAGAGGAGCAGAGGAGCCAUCACCCUUGGUCAUGCUUCAGAGACUCAGCGCAGCCCGGCAAGUGCUCAGGGUCACAGUGAAAGGAUCUGGGAAUGUCGGGACCAUUGUUUCCUCAUCAUUAGGAUGAAGUGAUUGCUGUGAAAGACAGACGGGAAGCAACCGACAGGCUAUGUUUCAACUCAGGAAGUUGUGAGAUUUAUGUUCUUGGUUCUCAAGGGACUCAGACUGUUUUUUUUUUCUCUCACACUGACUGUUCUUGCCACCAGCAUCUCCUUCAUGAUGGCAGCAAAUGAGUCUGUAGAAGUUAUCCCUGAACACCCCAACAUGAACAUGAGUUUCAGGAUGAGGAUAUCAGUAACCAAAGCAUCACAGGCCUUAAGUGCCACUGUCUGAACUCUACAUCCUUAGUAGCUUGUUUCAUUUCAUCACAUAGCCCACAUUUUUAUUUUAUAGAGGAGGAGAGGGGCUAGGCUCUCAUGGAAUUCACAUCAGGUUGUCAGGUAGAAGCAGCAGCGGGCAAUUCUAAAUCAGAUGGUCUGAUUUCAGAUGCAAGGAACAUGGCCUGUAUUCCCCUUUGACGACCCAAGCAGUCAUUUCCCUUUUCUGUCUUUCCAGGGAGAGACCUCCUGUUUGCUGUGCUCUUCCUUUGGGGUUUCUUUGUAGACCAUGGUGGGCAGCAGCCAGGGAAGGGUGCUGAGUUCAAAGGCAAAGAUCACAAAUGGGGCCAGUGCCAUCGCUCACUUGGUUAAUCCUCCACCUGUGGGGCCAGCAUCCCAUAUGUGCACUGGGUCCUAGUCCUAUUUGCUCCUCUUCCAGUCCAGCUCUCUGCUGUGGCCCGGGAGGGCAGUGGAGGAUGGCCCAAGUGCUUGGGCUCCUGCACCCAAUUGGGAGACCAGGGAGAAGCACCUGGCUCUUGGUUUUGGAUCAGCACAGUGCCAGCUGCAGCAGCUAUUUGGGUAGUGAACCAAUGGAAGGAAGCCCUUUCCCUCUGUCUCUCACUUACACUGUCUAUAACUCUACCUGUCAAAAUUUAAAAAAAGAUCACAGAUGAACAGGCACAGGGUAACUCAGGGAAGAUCUCUCUCUUGAGAUAGCUCACUUCAGCUUUCAAUUUCCUCCAGUUCUCGUUAAUCUUGCCACUUAAUGUCAAUAUGAGACAUUAAGAUGAGCAGUUAGGUCCCAUUUCUCCUGCAGAAUCUGUGAAGAGAUUGACAACCAACUUCAAAGGUACCUGAUGUUGUAACUUAGGGAACUCUGCUUAAUACAUUCUGAUGAUAAGGAGUUAAUGGAGAUGCGUCAGAUCUAGAGUCCAGGCAGUUUUGAAUCCUGUCCAAUCCACUGAUUAUUCCUAUGCAUAGAGGAUGUUUCCAGGAUCUUUGACACGGGCAUUGUCAUCUGUGUUGAUACCUCAUUAAGUAAUGAAUGGGUUUAUACAAGCUUCAUACAUGAUGUAUAUGCAAUAGAUGAAUCAAAAGUGGACAAAAGAAAUUUUAGAUAUUGUUAUUACCAUUUUAAGAUUGAUCUUCAUUUCACUCACUAAAAUAUAAGCUGCUUGACCCUGUUCAUUCCUAUUUCUGUGCCAGGACUUGUUACUGCUUUCCUUGUAUGAGAACUUCAAAACAUUCAUGGAAAAAUGGAAUAAAAAAUUUGAAUUUGGCCCCAAUUUUUUAAAAAUCAUGACAAUUUUUUCAUAAUAUACAUUUUCCACAUAUUAUGACAAGAUUUUUAUAUCCCAAAGUUAAUUUAUUAAAAUUAAUUGAUACUUUUAAUAAUUCCAUUCCUACAAAACCUUUUAGAGUACAAAUAUACCCUCGCAAACAUAUAAGCAGUGUAUUUUGGGAAUAAUGGCAUUCCUUUUUUUUUUUUGAUUCUUCAGACCCUAUUAUUUGCUUGGCACAGAAGAGGCAUAGAAAAUCUGUUUCCUUUUAAUUUAAUUUUUUAUUUGACAGGUAGAGUUAUAGACAGAGACAGAGAGAAAGGUCUUCCUUCCAUUGGUUCACCCCCCAAAUGGCUGCCACGGCCAGCGCUGCACUGAUCCGAAGCCAGGAGCCAGGUGCUUCUUCCUGGUCUCCCAUGUGGGUGCAGGGCAAAAGCACUUGGGCCAUCCUCCACUGCCCUCCUGGGCCACAGCUGAGAGCUGAACUGGAAGAGGAGCAGCUGGACUAGAAACCGGCGCUCAUAUGGGAUGCUGGCUCCACAGGCAAAGGAUUAACCAAGUGAGCUGCAGCGCCGCCCCUCACCCCCAAAAAUCUCUGUUUCGUAUUGAGUAGAGCCUCCCUUGGCUCACAAAAUCUGUCUUUCAAAUAAAAAAUUUAAAAAUGAAUCAUGAAAAAGCCAUAAGAAGAUUGAAUUCACCACUGUCAAGAAUUUAUUAUGGGGGAUAGCACUGCAGUGUAGCAGGUAAAAGCCACUGCCUGCAGUUCUGGAAUCCCAUAUGUGAGCUGGUUUGAGUUCAGGCUGUUCCACUUCUGAUCCAGCUCUCUGCUAUGGCCUGGGAAUGCAGUGGAAGAUGGCGUAAGUGCUUGGGCCCUUGCACCCACACAAGAGACCCAGAAAAAGCUCUAGGCUCCUGGCUUUGGAUCGAGACAGCUCCGGCCCUUGUAGACAUCUGGGGAGGAACUGGUGGAUGGAAGACCUCUCUCUUUUUUUUUCUCUCUCUCUGCCUCUGCCUCUCUAUAACUUUGCCUUUCAAAUAAACAAUAAAUCUUUUAAAAAAUUGUCUUGCACCGAAAUUUUUCUCUUUAGUUCAAUUAUUCUAAGAACAUUAGAGUAAAAGCAUGUGUUAUACACGUAACUGGUUGAACUGAAAAUAUGUGCAUGUGCUGAUUGCCUGUUUGUGUGCUUCCUUUUACCAACACUGUUUUUUUUUUAGUAGGAUUAGGGUAUAUUGAAACACAAAAUAUCACACGUGUCACAGAAUUCUAUCUCAUGGGCUUCUCAGAGGAUCCAGAAGGGCAGCCCUUCCUCUUUGUGCUGGUCCUGUCCAUGUACCUGGUCAUGGUGCUUAGGAACCUGCUCAUCACCCUGGUCAUCAUCUCAGACGCCCACCUCCACAUGCCCAUGUACUUCUUCCUCUGCAACCUCUCCUUUGCUGAUGUGGGUGUCACUUCCACCAUGGUUCCCAAGAUGAUUGUGGACAUCCACACUCACAGCACAGUCAUCUCCUACGUGGGAUGCCUGACACAGAUGUCUCUCUCGAUUAUCUGUGGAUGCAUGGAUGAUUUGCUUCUGACCAUGAUGGCCUAUGACCGGUUUGUUGCCAUCUGUCACCCCCUGCAUUACCAGGUCAUCAUGAUCCCCUGCCGCUGUGGCUUCUGGGUUUCAGUGUCUCUUGUGUUCAGCCUUUUGGAUUCCCUGCUGCACAGUUUGAUGGUCUUGAAAGUUACCUGCUUCAUGGAUGUUGAAAUUUCUAAUUUCUUCUGUGACCCUUCUCAACUCAGUUUUGCCUGCUCUGACUCCUUCACCAGUGACAUAGUCAAGUAUCUUGUUGGCAUCAUAUAUGGUUUUUUCCCUAUCUCAGGGAUCCUCUUCUCUUACUAUAAAAUCAUUUCUUCCAUUCUGAGAGUCCCAUCACCAGGUGGGAUGUACAGAGCCUUCUCCACCUGUGGCUCUCACCUGUCAGUCAAAUGCUUAUUUUAUGGAAGCUCCAUUGGGGUGUAUUUCAGUUCAGCUUUCUCAGUGUCUCCUGGAAAGGGUGCCUUGGCCUCAGUGGUGUACACUGUGGUCACCCCCAUGCUCAACCCCUUUAUCUACAGCCUGAGGAACAGGGGCAUCAAGAGGGCCUUGUGGAGGCUCCUCAGGAAAACAGGCUUAUCUCAGUCCCUGUGCCAUGCUUCUGGACUCUUGGUGGGAACUGCAGCAAAACGAAGCAUCUAGACCUCCAAAUCUCACUUUUCUCUGUACAUGAUGUGUGAGGCUAGUGCUCUCCAGAUUUUGUGUCUGGUUAUUGUUUCUUUUGGUCUUUUUAAUGAGGCAUAUUAUAGAUUUUUUAUACAUUACCAGAGGCUUGGAGAGAUGAAGGGAUAUUUUUGGAUAAAAAUAAGAGAAUUUGGUUGUGGAUGAAUAAUUAUGACAAAGUUAUUAAUGAAUGAGCUUUAAUACAGGAAAUGAUGAAUUGGGUGUAGGGGAAUUCUUCGUAUGACUACCUCACAAUUUAUGUUGUAUAAAUUUAAACCUAUUCUGAAAAAAGAUGUUGAAAAUAUACAACUGUCAAUAAAACUUAUUUGAAAAGUUAAAAAAGCCACUGAUUCUUCUUGAUACUCUGCUGCUGAACACUCCACUGAAUAUCCUAAUAAAGUUAUUGUAUUCUUCAACUUCUAUAUUUCUGCUCAUUUUUUUUCUUUUAGAGUUUAUGUCUCUGUAUUUUUAUUACCAUUUUGCUAAUUCAUUAUUUUCCUGAUUGCUUUGUUUCUAUCUGUGUUAUCUGUUAACAUACUUGUUAGCUGUCACAAAACACACUGAACACUGGAAUAAGGGAAAGGGUUUAUUGGGGAAAACUCAGUAGACUGGAGGGAAGGGAGAAAGAAGGAUGAGAGAGAGAGAGUAUGAGAGAGAGAGAGAUAGUGGAGAGGAGUUAGUGAGGAGAGAAGAUAGAGCAGAGAGAAGAGAGACGAGAGGAGAGCAGAGAGCAGGAGAGGAGAGCCAAGAGAGAGCAGCCAAGAGAGCCACGUGUUCAAGAACAGGUCCUUUUAUUUUUUUUUAACUUUUA